CGUGGAAGCAGCAUUGGGGCUGACGUUUCGGUUCAUAGUCGGGCACAGCGCGAGCGCAAAGGAAGAGCAGCUGAUGCAGGCGGAGAACAGCACUCACGGGGACUUCCUUCGCAUCGAUGUGGACGAGGGAUACCUCAAUCUCAACCACAAGACAUGAGUCUCGUGUACUUCACAUCUCUCUUCAAGCUCUAUGAAGCAGACUUCUACAUCAAGGCAGACGAUGACAUCUACCUCAUACCAGAGCGCCUCUCUUCUCUCAUCGCCAGGCCAAGGGACUCGCCUCGAACGUACCUUGGAUGCUUCAAGAGGGGAACUGUGAUUACUGACCCCAAAAAGAGGUGGUUUGAGCCCAAUUCGGAGCUGCUGGGGUCGCAUUAUUUCGUGCAUGCUUUUGGCUCCAUCUAUUCCCUCUCCUAUGGCGUGGUUGAAAUCCUCAACGCCAUCCCAGAGGACGGGUGA